AUGGAUGCCCUCUUGGAAUCAACCAGGGGUAAUCUGGUAUGUAACUCUGUUCAAGAUGUACAAGACAGACUGCACCGCCUCCUCGCUUCUAGAUCGUCCGAUACGCGCGCAGACCAUGCCUCUUUUACAUUCGAGCUUCGACAUAAUGUAGUCUUUCACUUAAAUCCAGAUACCGAAAAUAGUCCCGCCGACGAUAUCGUCAACCCUACCGAACAAUCGCACCAUCAACCCAUUACCCGAUCCGUGAAUGCCAUCGAAACAGUACAAAACCAACCUAGCGAUGACCCUAUCCUCCAGCGCGCCGUCGCAAAGCAUAUCGUCGGUGCGAUGGGAACUGUAGAUAACAGUUCAUGGAUAGUACGAAAAGUUUCUCGGGAUUCACAAGGCUGGGCAUUCAUGUACAUCUGCAAAGACUCGCUGCAGGCAUGGAAUCGCGCGAAUGCGAAAAACACCGAGAAGCAUGCAAUUGGUAGUUAUAGCGGGCCAGGUGGCUUGGAUCCAAUUAAUGCCACUCGUCCUGCCUUUGAUUGUCGCGGAACCCUCACGAUUGCCUUUUCGAAAUCCGCUAGAGGCGUCAUCGUUAAAUAUGAUCACACGCCCAUACACAAGACUGUCGCGCAGUUGGUAGACCUUAUAGCACCUACUCUACCGCCCCCUCCCGUCAACAAUGGCGGCACGGGAAGCCAGAGGACGCCAAGGGCCAAGCGACCCCCACCAGUGGAAGGCGAAGAAGGGAGCCGCAAGAAACGUUCAAGGAAGAAGGAAAAGGCUCCAGAAGCACCGAUGGGAGGUCCCCCUCCUGGGGAUGGCCAAAAUAGCCAGAACAUGGCCGAAUCGCAGGGUGUAAACCACGGCGGUGUAUACGUUACAUCGGUUCCGAUUGUUCCCCCUGAUGAAGUCAAACGCCGUAGACAAACGGCGAUAGAUCUCCUUAACGGAAGGGACAUCGAUCCUGCGACACUCUCUGAGGAACAAUUCAACAUAUUUGCAAAUCAGGCACCAAGUCUACAGACAACUUCGUUAGAUAUGUUAGCUAAGUAUGGCGCCGAGAGGUUGAGAAUUGUCCAUCCAGAUGAUAAGGAUGCCAAUUCAACUCCCGUAGAAGAACAAUCUACCAAUACAACCCCUGCUACUGUACCAGGCCAGGCGUCUGCUCCUGAAAUAACCGAGACGCCCACGAAGAAGAGGCGUUCCCGAAAGAAAAGGUCUGACGGGACAGUAACUGAAGUUUCUAUCGGUGAUGGUGCGGUAGUGUCAGUACAACAGAGCGGCGAAAUUGGAACGACAACUUCCACUCUAAAACUGACGACCAAGAAAACACGCGGAAGUUGUGAGACUUGCAGAGACAGGAAGCUCAAGUGCACUAAAGAACAUCCUAGUUGUUCUGUCUGUACUGCAGCUGAGGUAGAAUGCAUUUAUUUGCCACCGAAACCACGACGGAAAAGAGUGGUAAUCUCUGGUGAAGUGGUUGAAAACGAAGAUUCCGACCUACCUGGAGAAAGGGAAGAAUUCCAGGCCCAAAUCCAAUCUCAGGAGGCACCAUCGCCAAUGCCAACAAUGCAAAUCCUAGUAGAGUACCAAGCACCUGCUAUUGCGCCGCCAAUCCCAGAUCCCGAUAAUGAAGAAUUCAUCCCAGAUCCAAACAUCUUGUCGGGACCUGUUGAGCAUCCUCCCGCUACCACGCAACCUUCUAUACAACAUUCAACAACGCAAUACUACCAGAGCCAUAGCAAUGGCCUCACAUUUCCCCAAAAUCCGCAGUCCUCGACUGGACUGACAUCAAUGUCGACUUUAACAUUCCCAGAAUCUCAAGCCCGUGAAACCCAAUCCGAGUCUCCUAAUUUAGUCUUUCCGUCGACAUCCCAUCAGACUGAGCACCCAUCCGGUUCAACCUUUCCGCGACCGGUCCCAGAAACGAGUCAGAAGGCGCAAAACACGCCCAUGUCUGACCGACGUAGUCUUCCCGCCACCCAAAAUAAGCAAACACCGAUACCCACACCAGUACCACCGCCAACCAUACCGCAGCAUGUCCCCAAUUGGAAUUCUCCUUCCACAACAGGGCAUGCUACUACAGCGUCGCCGACAUUAACCCAGCAGCAAACAUCUAGGCGGUCAAGGUCACGUAAGUCUGACGUGGAAGUUAGACAGCAGGCAAAUGACAGUAUGAGACAACCGCCGGCCGUAUCGCAGGUCGCAGCAAAAAAUCAGAGGCAGCCGUCGCCUGCAACGGGGUCACCGUACCAGACUGCAACUCGCGCAAAGUCGCGACAGGACCAUAGGUCACAGACCAAUACACCCGUUGUAUCCACAUCUCGCCCUCCUCCGCAGGCCCCGCAAGCUGCUGUCAGUGCGUCCUACAGUACAACUGCAUCAGCCUCGAUUCCAAGCUAUGACCCCUAUCCACGUUAUGACAACACAAUUAAUGGUCAAUAUAAUAAUGCAAACAACGACCAGGAUUCGACUCGCAUUGCGUACGAACCUGGCUCGUACCAGGCUCAUACAGCUGCUAUAACGUCGGCGUCCUAUUCCUCAGCGCCAGCAUAUGAUUAUUCCCGGACUACAAGUUCAUCGAACCCUCUCUCCCAAGCCCUCAACUCAUCGUCCGGAUACAAUAAUACCAGCAGUAGUACUGCAACUUCUCAAUGGCCCACCUCACAAGCUCGAGGUAGCCAGGCACACGCCCAACCACAAGCAACCAAUGCUUACCCUAUGGCAUCAACUACUGCAUCUACCUCUAAUAACUAUGGCACAAAUUCUGCGGAGUCACGGACCUCCCAUCAGAAUACCCCUUACACCCAAUCCCAGCCUCAAUCAUACAAUUCCUACUCAGCACAGCAGCCGAGCACGAGUCAGCCACACCAGCAACCCCAGCAAACCUGGUACCGCUUUAACGCCAACAAUAAUAGUAGCGCCGGCGCAAACCAAAACGCCUACAGUAAUCGAAACAGCGGCUACGGCGGUACUGCAAGCUCAAAUCUGACCGCGUAUAGCAACCACAGAUCUAACAUGUCCAACUACCCUGGGCACAAUUACGGGUCUGGGUCGGACGACCAGAGCAUAUAUGAGUUGCUAAGGGCCAACGGCUCUACACAUUAG